GCUGUCUGAGCAGUAAGAGGAGAGAAUGGAGUGAGAGCAGGAGUUCCUCACUGAACAGCACUAAAGCUGCACAGUUCACACCAUAGGAAAAUCUUCGGAGUGAUUUUUUUCAUCGCUUCAAGAAAGAGAGGCUGGUGACGGAGUGACUGUUUAUCUUCUAUAAUAACAUUGGAAAAAGAUCAUCUCAAGCUGUGACUGUCUGUGAGCUGUGUGAGGAUUCUGUGGGUGUGGCUGAGACGAGUGAUGAUGAAGCCCAGAAUAAGUGCUGCCUGGAUCCACAGAGCUGUGCUGAAGACACACCCUUGAGCUUUCAAAGAGCAGGACGAAAUGGAAUAAACACUGGAUGAUUGGAGUCUCAGCAUGGCAGGACUGCAGCUGGUGACCCCUGCCUCCUCUCCCAUGGGGCCUUUCUUCGGCCUGCCGUGGCAGCAGGAAGCUAUCCACGACAACAUAUACACACCAAGAAAAUAUCAGGUUGAACUUCUCGAAGCAGCUCUUGAACACAACACUAUAGUCUGCUUAAACACAGGCUCAGGGAAGACGUUUAUCGCAGUACUUCUUAUAAAAGAGCUCUCCCACCAAAUCCGCCAGGAGGAUGGGAGGAGGACUGUUUUCCUGGUCAAUACAGCUUCAUCUGUGGUUCAGCAAGCCUCCACUGUGAGAACCCAUUCGGAUCUUCGGGUUGGGGAAUACAUAGAGAACUCUGUGUCAUGGACAGAGGACACUUGGAAUGAAGAGAUAAAGGAAAAUCAGGUGCUCGUUAUGACGUGCAACAUCUUCCUGCACAUGCUGAGGUUCGGGGUCUUGUCACUAUCACAGAUCAACCUGGUCAUUUUCGAUGAGUGCCACCUUGCAAUCACGGACCAUCCCUAUCGGGACAUAAUGAAGAAAUGCGAGGACAGUCCAGGAUGCCCACGUAUACUAGGUCUGACUGCUUCCAUUCUAAAUGGGAAAUGUGACCCAUCUGACCUGGAGGAGAAGAUCCAGAACCUAGAGAAGAUCCUCAAGAGCAAUGCUGAAACUGCCACUGACCUUGUUGUACUGGACAGGUACGCGACCCAGCCUCGAGAGGUGGUGCUGGACUGCGGCCCUUACCAGGAUAACAGUGGCCUGUCUGAGAGGCUUCUAAACGAGCUGGAUGAUGCUCUUCAUUUCCUCAAUGACUACAACUUAUCUGUACAUAGGGAGGACCGAGACCCCACCUACAUCUCCAAACAGGUUCUGAGUGACUGCAGGGCCGUUCUGACCGUGCUCGGCCCCUGGUGUGCAGAUAAAGCUGCUGGCAUCAUGGUGCGUGAGCUGCAGAAGUACAUCAAGCAUGAGCAGGCGGAGCUGAACCGCAAGUUCUUGCUCUUUGCCGACACCAUCCUGAGGAAACUGCACGCUCUGUGUGAGGAGCGCUUCUCCCCAGCGUCACUCGACCUCAAGUUCGUCACUCCCAAAGUGAUCAAGCUGCUGGAGAUCCUGCACGAGUAUAAACCCUUUGAGAGGCAGCAGUUUGAGAGCGUCGAGUGGUACAACAACCGCAAUCAGGACAACUACGUCUCGUGGAGCGACUCCGAGGACGAAGAUGACGACGAGGAGGUCGAGGUGAAGGAAAAGGCGGAGGCCAACUUCCCCUCGCCCUUUACCAACAUUCUGUGUGGCAUCAUCUUCGUGGAAAGGCGUUACACGGCGGUCGUUUUAAAUCGGCUUAUAAAGGAGGCAGGGAAGCAGGAUCCGGAGCUGGCCUACAUUAGCAGCAACUUCAUCACCGGCCACAGCAUUGGCAAGAACCAGCCACGCAACAAGCAGAUGGAGGUGGAGUUCAGAAAACAAGAGGAAGUGUUGAGAAAAUUCCGGGCACACGAAACUAACUUGCUAAUCGCCACCAGCAUCGUAGAGGAAGGCGUGGAUAUCCCAAAGUGCAAUCUGGUGGUCCGGUUCGAUUUGCCCACAGAGUAUCGGUCCUACGUGCAGUCCAAAGGCCGGGCGCGUGCUCCUGUCUCCAACUACAUCAUGCUGGCCGACAGCGAGCGCACAAAAGCGUUCGAAGAGGACCUCAAGACUUACAAGGCCAUUGAGAAGAUUCUCAGGAACAAGUGUUCCAAGUCAUCAGAGUGUAAUGAGUACGAGGUGGAGUCCAUACUGGAUGAUGACAACAUCCUCCCUCCGUACUCUCUGCGCUCUGACGACGGAGGCCCCAGAGUCACCAUCAACACGGCUAUCGGCCACGUUAACCGAUAUUGUGCAAGGCUUCCAAGUGACCCUUUCACACACCUGGCACCCAAGUGUAAGACUACAGAGCUGAAAACGGGUGUGUAUCAGUCCACACUCUUUCUGCCAAUCAACUCACCCCUCCGAGAGCCCAUCACUGGGCCCCCAAUGCCCUGCGCACGGCUUGCGGAGAAGGCUGUUGCACUUGUGUGUUGUGAGAAGCUUCAUAAAAUAGGCGAGCUGGAUGAUCACUUAAUGCCAGUGGGAAAAGAAACGGUGAAAUAUGAAGAGGAGCUGGAUUUGCAUGAUGAAGAGGAAACCAAUGUUCCAGGCAGGCCAGGCUCCACUAAGAGGAGACAGUGCUACCCCAAAGCCAUCCCAGAAUGCCUGCGAGGCAGUUACCCUGUGCCAGAGCAGUCUUAUUACCUGUACGUGAUUGGGAUGGUUCUGACCACACCCCUUCCAGAUGAGCUCAACUUCCGCCGGAGAAAGCUGUACCCUCCUGAAGACACCACCAGAUGCUUUGGCAUUCUCACAGCUAAACCGAUACCUCGUAUCCCUCAUUUCCCUGUGUAUACCCGCUCCGGUGAGGUGACCAUCUCCAUAGAGCUGCUGAAGUCGGGCUUCACUCUGAGCUCGUCCCAGCUGGAGCUCAUCACUCGCCUGCACCAGUACAUCUUCUCUCACAUCCUCCGCCUGGAGAAACCUGCUCUGGAGUUCAGGCCCACAGAGGCUGACUCGGCCUACUGCGUUCUGCCUCUCAAUGUGGUUGGAGAUUCCAGUACUUUAGAUAUGGAUUUUAAGUUCAUGGAGGAUAUUGAGAAAUCUGAAGCACGAAUUGGCAUUCCGAAUACUCAGUACACAAAGCAGAACCCAUUCACUUUCAGACUGGAGGACUACCAGGAUGCUGUCAUCAUUCCAAGGUAUCGUAAUUUUGACCAGCCGCAUCGCUUCUAUGUAGCUGAUGUAUACACGGACCUCACGCCUCUCAGUAGAUUCCCCUCCCCAGAGUAUGAGACGUUUGCCGAGUACUACAAAACCAAGUACAACCUGGACCUGUCCAAUGUCAACCAGCCACUUCUAGAUGUGGACCAUACAUCCUCCAGACUGAAUCUCUUAACUCCUCGGCACCUGAAUCAAAAAGGCAAAGCACUUCCUCUCAGCAGUGCAGAGAAGAGGAAGGCUAAGUGGGAGAGCCUGCAAAACAAACAGAUUUUAGUUCCUGAACUGUGUGCCAUUCACCCAAUCCCUGCUUCUCUAUGGAGAAAAGCCGUGUGCCUUCCCAGCAUCCUCUACAGGCUACACUGCCUCCUGACAGCCGAGGAACUUCGGGCUCAGACGGCCAUCGACGCCGGAGUGGGGGCUCAGAGCCUGCCACCUGGUUUCAGGUAUUCCAAUCUUGACUUUGGAUGGAAGAAAUCCAUUGACAGCAAGUCCUUCAUUUCCUGUCCCAGCACCUGCACCGAGGAUAAUGAUGACGACGACGAUGACGACGGAGAAGAUGAUCACUGUAAGCACGCUGCAAGCUCAGCAGCCCUGGAUCACACUGCCCAGGAGGACCUCAGCACGGGCUCAUCCGAGCCCAUCGAAGGCGCUGUCUCGCAGGAGAACUGCAGCGCACGAGAGAUGUGUGCGCACAGCACCCAGCUAUCAGAAGAACACAGGAGUGUGUGUGAAUGCUCCAGGAACCUCAGCAAUGGCCAUAAUGUUUGCCUAAACUGCCAGCUAGCGAGUGAUGUACCGACACAAACCACUACCUCAGAUCCGAGCGGCGAGCCCCAGGACGGCCAUGAAUGUAACCCAGACGAGAAAUCGGAUUUCCACAAUGCACGUGUGAAGAAACCUACCUCAGAGCGUUGGCUCGCUUGUGGAAUGCCAACCAGCACCGAAGCACCUUCAACAGCGUUGUCGUCUUCAGCACCCGAGACCGUAGCGCUACCUGGGGACUGCGUGAAAGCUCUGGGCCCGAACCCCGGACUCAUCUUGCAAGCCCUGACCCUCUCCAACGCCAGCGACGGGUUUAAUCUGGAGCGUUUGGAGAUGCUGGGCGACUCUUUCCUCAAACACGCCAUCACCACCUACCUGUUCUGCACUUAUCCCGAUGCCCACGAGGGACGCCUGUCCUACAUGAGGAGCAAGAAGGUCAGUAACUGCAACCUGUACCGCCUGGGGAAGAAGAAAGGUCUUCCCAGUCGGAUGGUGGUGUCUAUCUUCGAUCCGCCGGUAAACUGGCUUCCCCCAGGCUACGUUGUGAACCAGGACAAGAGCACCACUGACAAGUGGGACUCGGAUGAGGCAAAAGAAGACAUGGCCAACGGAAAGGCCACUAAGGAUGACUUUGACGACGAGGAUGAUGUAGAUGAUGACGAGGACCCGUUGUGGAAGGAACCCAAGGAUGAGGUGAAUGUCGAGGAUGACUUGGAGUACUACCAUGAGCACAUCAAGUUCAUCGACACCAUGCUAAUCGGCUCUGGCGCCUUCGGGAAGAAGUUCCCCCUCGGCGUCUUCCCUUCUGAACCUAGCUGCGAUUGGAAAGCACCCAAGAAGCCGAUGUUCACUUCAGACGGCAACCACGACGACUUUGACUACAGUUCCUGGGACGCCAUGUGCUACCUGGACCCGAGCAAGGCGGCUGAAGAGGACGAGUUUGUCGUGGGUUUCUGGAACCCGGCUGAGGAGAGCUGUGGAGCUCAAACGGCUAAGCAGUGCAUCUCCUAUGACCUGCACACGGAGCAGUGCAUUGCAGACAAGAGCAUCGCUGACUGCGUGGAGGCCCUGCUCGGCUGCUACCUGACCAGUUGUGGAGAGCGAGCCGCCCAGAUGUUCCUCUGCUCGCUCGGCCUCAAGGUGCUGCCUGUGAAGAAGAGGAUCAAGAAGAAGAUGGAUGGCGGCGAUGACACCAGCGGCGAAAGCAAUGGAGAAGACGAGUACGGCUGGCUACAGAUCCCAGCACGCUGCAUGUUCGAGCACCCGGAUGCCCAACGCACUCUCGACCACUUGAUCUCGGGUUUUGAGAACUUUGAGAAGAAAAUCAACUACGUGUUCAAAAACAAGGCCUACCUCCUGCAGGCCUUCACACACGCCUCCUAUCAUUAUAACACCAUCACAGAUUGUUACCAGCGGUUGGAGUUCCUGGGUGAUGCAAUUUUAGACUACCUCAUAACAAAGCACCUUUAUGAAGACCCGCGGCAGCACUCUCCCGGCGUCCUGACCGAUCUGCGCUCUGCACUCGUCAACAACACCAUAUUCGCUUCACUCGCCGUCAAAUACGACUACCACAAGUACUUCAAAGCCGUCUCGCCCGAGCUGUUCCACGUCAUCGACGAUUUUGUGCAAUUUCAGCUGGAAAAGAACGAAAUGCAAGGAAUGGACUCUGAGCUGCGCCGAUCCGAAGAAGACGAAGAGAAAGAGGAGGAUAUUGAGGUCCCCAAAGCAAUGGGGGACAUCUUCGAAUCACUAGCUGGGGCAAUUUACAUGGAUAGCAAGAUGUCACUCGAGACCGUUUGGCAAGUGUAUUAUCCAAUGAUGAGGCCGCUGAUAGAGAAAUUCUCCGCCAAUGUCCCUCGCUCGCCUGUGCGAGAGCUACUGGAGAUGGAACCCGAGACUGCGAAAUUCAGUCCAGCAGAGAGGACGUAUGACGGGAAGGUCCGCGUGACUGUGGAGGUGGUGGGAAAAGGAAAGUUUAAAGGAGUUGGUCGGAGCUAUCGCAUCGCAAAAUCGGCAGCAGCACGGCGCGCACUGCGCAGCCUCAAAGCCAAUCAACCUCAGGUCCAGAACAGCUGAGCUACACACACAGACGUACACACACCGGCCCUCAGCGACACACUGAAGCCUCUUCGUGGGCCGUCUUCGUUCGGUGUCCUCCACUGAGAGAAAUUUCCAUCAGCAGAAACGGAGGCUUCAGACUGAAUUCAUGGGUUUCUUUUUUUUUUUUGCGCAAACACAAUCUUUACCUUUUAUUUCCUCCAAGCUGUUUGAUCGCAAGACUGCUUUAUUCUGUAAGUGUUAAAGGUCAGGUGACUGCUCUUUGCCUUUUUUUUGGUAUUAUUAUUAUUAUUAUUAUUUCUUUUAAAGAAAAUCUGCUUUGUUGGUAGUGUGUAAAUCAGUUUAUGCUUUUAGUGUUAGAUUGUGUAUAUAGUUCAAAUGAAAGCUAUACAUUUACAUGAGAGGAAAAAAAAGACAAAAACGCUAAACUCCUCAGUCUGUGCACUAGUGCCAGUUUUUGAAAUGUUUUCAAAACGCUUAGAGAGAGAGAGAGAACACAGAACGAGAGUGGCGUUUUCCUUGGUCUUGAGACGCUGUCCUUAAACUUCAUUGCACUUAGUUCGUUCUGUUUCACUCAGUCACGAACAUUUCAUCAGAUCGGCACCAAAUUCAUUGAGUGUAGCGUUUUCGAAAGAAAGACCCUCCUUUAACAUUCCCACUUACUGUAAUGAAGCGUUUUUUUAAAGGAACGAACACGUUAAUGCAGCGAACAGUGAAUGAACUGCAUGUGCACAUUGCUGAUUCAUAGCCAUUCACUCUCGGCCACUGUCCGCAGCAUUAGCGUGUCUGAUCUUUUCCUUUAUCAGCACGAUGCAUGUUUUCAUAGCUGUGUAGACCAACUGGAUGAAUUCUAUUAAAUAUUAAGAUUAAUAGAGCUACCGAUUAUAAACCAUUAUAUACAGAGAACAAUUAAGUGUUUAUUACUGUGUUGGGUUUCUGGCUUUCAGGAACCUCUUUUGAUACCAGGAACGAGUUUUUGGUUCAGUUGGAUGAUCAUUGCGAGGAUUAGACGUCUCUCCGUUGACAACUUUUUAGUUUUAAUAUUAGGACACAAAAAUGACAUAUCACUCGGGAAAUAUGCUGCAGAUUUUGUAAAGAAUUUAAAAGGAAUUAAAAAAAAAAAAAGAUCGGAUACUUCUGUAAUACAUAGAGCACCUUUACGUACCGAUAUUGUAAUCGUAUUCAUUCACCUCACCAAAGUCUGUAGUGAUGCGAUGCUGCGUCAGUGAACUCGAUCCUCCGUGAUUUCACUUGCCUCGAGACGUGGAAACCAGCCUUUAGUUUUAUGCUUGUCGUCUCACGUAUUUGUCUUCUUAUUAAUAGGCAUUUUUACUCGAAUACCUCAGUUAAUUGCAUGCAUUUUCUUUUUCUUUUCCUAUUUUUUUUGGGUGCUGUUUUAUUAAUUAUUAUUAUUAUUAUUAUUAUUAUUAUUAAGCUUGAAUUUCUCAUCUUUUUUGCACUGUAACUAUAAUACCUCUUUAUUUGACCUAAAUCAUUGGUUUGCUCAUCCUGUUUUGGCAGCAGUCAAGUUGUAGAGGUCAGCUUCAUCUUUUUUUUUUUUUUUAAAUGCUUGAAAUUUUGGGCAGAAAAGCAAAGCUGAGAGAUGUUCUCUGCACAUAAAUAACCUUCAGCUUGGGUUUUUUCCCAUCAAAUUUGAUGGAAAGACAGAGAGCUGUUCUCUGUACAUAAGCUUCAGCUAAGUGCUUCUGUGUGGAUCUCCGUUUAAUCCAAACCAGUGGAAAGGGUUGCUUAACACUUGUGGAAAUCAACAGAUUGCACUCUAAUCUGCUUCCUGAGCACACACAAGCCAUGUUACCCUCCUUUUGCCAUCUAAGUCUUACUACCCUGCCAACUUUCAUGUGUUUACUUUUGCUUCCUGGUGGAGGGAAAAAAAGGACGAUAUCUCUGUGUUGAUCAUGCAAACCCCAGAAAUUGAGCUGUAGGCUGUAAUUAAUUAUUGCAGUGAGUGGGUUUUUUUAUUUUUAUUUUCAUGUCGUGUGAAGACAUGUCUUAACUUCCUGACUGAGUAAAGAGGACCGCUGUGAUUCCUGUUUGGUACCUCCCGUUCUGCGCUCUUUUUUUUUUUUUUGUGUUUUGUUUUUCUUCAGCACGGCUGGAAUUAUUCCUGAAGUGAAAUCUCGCAGGUGGCGCUACCUCACAAACACCCCGUGUGAUUAGUUUAAAAUGAAUGCGAUGUUAUUCAUAGAUAGAGCUGUAAUCUUUCAGACGUAAAUAAGGUGGUUAUAUCUGCUCCUGUACUCUUCUGUGCACCUUAGACUGGGAUGCUUGGACACACUACAAUUUGCACUAGACUUCAUUCCCAUUCAAAUUGUUGUUGUUGUUAUUUUUUUAAAUAAGAUGCCCAUCAACAUGGUGCCUUUUGUCUUUAGAGCAUACCAAUGUACCAUCAAAGCCGUAUGACGAUAUCUUUGGCUAAUUGUAGCGAACAGGUGGCAUGUAUUAUCGGGAGGUGUUUUUUUUUUUUUUUUUAAAGCCCCAAGUGUCACGUGCGUCACUGCCUGGCCUCACCUAACUAACACUUCUCCGAGUGCAAUCUUUUCUUUGAGCAAGCGUUCAGCGACCCUGCGCUUUGUCACAGUUUCGUCCCCCUCGUUUGAUCCGAUCAGGUUUCCUCACUGCCACACGGGAUUGAAUGGAGGAAAGAGGGACUUAAAGGAAUAGUUUAGUUUAAAAAAAAAUACACAAUUAGAUGCCACUUUCCUCACAAAUGUAGUCAGGCAGCCCGUCAGAAAUCUGUAUAUCACAGUGCUGGUCAAUCGAAAGUGCUCAAAUUUCCUCCAGCAGCAGAAGUUCAAAUGUAGGCAAAUGUACGGGUUUAUGUUAAUAUAUUUGCAUGGCAGAUGCUCCACAUAUCCAGAUAUUUAAAAAAAAUCUGAUUAUGAUGAAGUUAUUCUAUAAGGAAAUGAUAAUUAUAUCCAACCUUUUUUGGAAGGAGUCUCCAGUGUCAGGGGUAAAACUAAGUUUUCCGGUUAAAGUCUGAAACUGAAACUUCAUGAACUGCAUGAAGGAGGACGAAGAGAAGCAGUAGAGAUAAAUGUUUAUAGCAGACAUUCCACAGGAUUAAGUAUAAUUAUAAACUACUUAAAUAAAAAGAUCUUCAUUAAAAAAUAAAUUGCUGUGGUUUUAAAAAGAAUAAAUUGCUCCAGGGUCAUGCUGUUAUUGGAAAAGAAUCACCUUUUAGUUUUAGUCACGUUUCUAACUGACAAACAUAUCAGCCAAUUUGAUGAAGUGGAUGUGGUUUGAGGCACAUAUUUGCUACGGACAAAACAAGUCAAAAGUUUGUACGCCCUUACUCCGUUUCGUUUUAUAGAUUCUUCAAAGUAUCCAGCGUUUACCUUGAUGACGCUUUACACACUAUUGGCAUUAGCUUAACCAGCUUCAUGAGGUGGUCACCUGGAACGCUCUUCAGUUAACAGGCAUGCCUCGUCAAAAGUUAAUUACUGGACGAGUUUUUUGCCGCCUUAAUGCGUUUGAGAUCAAGCAGGAAAUGGUAACUAAUAAAAAUGCUAUUUAAGUUAUUCCAUGAAAUCAAGUUGUACAUGAGCUGAUAGCCGGCGAGGCGCAUAGCGCUGAAUUGACUAUUAGCCAUGUACGACAAGAUUGAGUGGAAUAACAGUUUAUUCUGUCCACAUUCACUGCAUUUUGUGAAACGGAGGAUUUUUAUUUUUUUUGCAAAUUUGAUAAAAACUUUAUACAAAACGUUCGACAAAAUAAUUUCCACUUAGAAUGUAAACAAACCAGCGGAAUGACGGAAGCAAUUUGUGAAAAAUGCUAUAAUAAUUCUUGAAAAAUAGAGAGAGAGAUGUUCUUACCAUCAGAUACUACUUUUUUUUUUUUUUUUAAUAAUUUCAUCCUCAGUUGGUUCAGCAGCACGCGCUGCCGUUUUGUUUUACUCUACUCACGGUAUAGGAGCUGAUAUCCUAGUAGUAGAGUAGCCAAUCAGAGCACGUGAAUGUGGAUAGAAUAAAAGUAAAUAGCCUUAUUCCACAACUGUAGUAAUCCAUAUUAUGUCAAGAACCGCUCAGCUAAGUAAAUAGAAAUGACCAUCCAUCAUUACUGUAAGACAUGAAGUGACUUUUAAUUAAUCAAUGUAAAGAAAAUCCAUUGAACUGGAAGGUGUGUUCAAACUUUUGACUGAUACUGUACACUCAUAACUCCAGCACAAAAAUGUCAUGCGCCAAAUUUAUCUUGGCUACAUUUGCAGUAGACAGGAAGUGAUAUAAAAUCAUUUUUUGCCAAACUAUUCCUUUUGAAUCCCAUUGUAUAACUCCAACUUUUUUUUUUUUUUUUUUGACAUCCAGCUUUGGUUGUGUGAACUUUCCAGCGGAUCAAUGCCGUACACACUUCUUUAUUUCAAUAUCAGAUGUUAGUGAAGCUCUUCUGUCCACAAUGUGAAAUGGUUCAUAUGGUGCCACACCCACUUUGAUGACAUCGUCACAGCUAAUGAUUGAGCACUCGAGCGAGACCUGCUCCCACUGCUUAGAGAAUGACGCAAGUGUUGUGUAAAAUCUCGUUGUCAGAAGGGAGUUUCGACGUCAGGUUGUCCUCCAUCGUACUGCAGACUGCGUUUUGUUUCUCUUCCUGGCUCAAAGGUUUGUUCUUUUUUCUUUUUUUUUUUUUGUACAUGUAGCACAAAUGAGCAUUGCACUUGGGCGCCAUACUUUACCUCAUGUCAGAGAGAAAAAAAAAAUAUGUAUAUAUGAUACCGUUACAGAAAAAAAAUUUGUGGUUUUGGCCUUUGCUGCUGUUCCACUGCUGGUAUUUUGCAAUUGUAUUAAAAAAAAAAAAGUGAUCAGAAAGAUACAACAUACAACGUGCCUGCAGGAUAUCAUCUGAGAAUUACACUGUAGAAAAAAAAAAUAGGUCAUCUCUACAAUCUGGGGUUAAAUGUACGUCCUGUGUGUACCUUCAUGUCCUGCCUUAAUGUAAUAUCGUCAAUAUUAAAUUGUAAAUCAAUCAGUUCCUCCAACAGGCAUGUGUUGCAUUAAGUUUAGGCCCCCUGUUAGGUUAUAUUGAACAUAUCGUAGCCCCAGAUCAAAUGGUGCAUGUCGAAAGAGAGCUCCCUUUUUUCUUUUCUUUUUUUUUUUAUUAAAUACCUCUUAUGUAAUCAUUUUGCAGCCCCUAAGUACAUGAAAAAAGGGCUCAAACAAGCAGUUGUCUACAUUUCAGUAUUUUGCUAUUUUGUUCACUUGUUUUGACCUAAUCAGAAAACAAAAGCUAAUAAUCAAAUGCACUCAUAUCAGCAUUGAGCUGGCUCUGGAUUCUGAGGAAUUGUGAUGUGAAUUUUUUUUUUUUUCUUUCUAAUUGUGGGAACGUGUCGCAAAAAACAGCCAGCGUUUUCAUCCAGAGACGUUCCGGGCCAUCCCGAGCUGCAGCGCUGUUUUAAGGAACAUGAACGAAUUCUUAUUCAUACUGUAAAAGUGCUACAGUGGUUCACGAUCUGCACCUUAUGGAUCACAAACACCUUUAAUACUCUUUAUUUUCCCUUUUUUUUUUUUUAAAUAAUUGUAGUUAAAUGUAUCUACAAUAAAGUUAUGGU